CGGCGGGCAGGACUACACAUGGCACCGGCGUACUAAGGCGAUGCAGAAUGAUAUAGUGGUCCAUUGGUGUGUUCUCUUCCGCACGAACAAAUUGGACAUGCCCUUUCCAUCCAACGAGUGACAGAAGUCAAAUCCAACUAUCAUAGGCACAAACUUGCACCGACAAAAACAGAACCAGAACCAGAAAACAGGACCAGAAAACUGAAGUAGAAGCAGAGAAACCCCCUCUCACGAGUCACAAUCGCCAACAUGUACAUACUUCAUGCAUAUGUACAUAACUACAGGAGCCCUUUCAUCCCCCCAAACCCCGCAGCCCAAAAUCCCACAGCACCAAAACCCCCGCAAUACCAAAAAACCCCGCAGUAUGCAUACCAAACCCCAAAACCCAAAAUCCUCACAAACGCCUACCCACCCCACCUGGGUCCACCCCUCCCACUCUCCAGAAAGUCAUUAAUAUUCCUAAUCCUCUCCACCUCCAACUCCCUUUCCCUCUCAGCCCUAACCUGCCUCUUCGCCAUCCUCGUCUUUCUCGGGUGGACGACUGCGCGCGCGAGCUCGCGCAUCAGCACUCGCUUGCUCUUUCGUCUUGGUGGCUGCGUGAAUGUGGACUGUGUAGAUGUGGACUGUGUGGACUGCGUGCAUUGGGAAGGUGGCAGAAGUAGGCUUUCGCUGUCGGAGAUGGAUGAGUCCGCGAAUGGAUCUGAGGCGGCGUUGUUGCGGUUGUUGUUGCGGCUGGUGAAGGAGGGGUAGCGUUUUGAAAACAUCGUGGAUGGGGAGGUGGGGUGAUGUGAGGGGGAUGUGAGAUUGUACGGUAUGAUGAUAGGGGCGUAACUAUGUUCUGUGCCAAGGUCCUACGUAUGAUAUAACGUAUG